GUGGCCAAUAGAAAUCUCGAGUCUCCUUCGCCCAAGUCGGUCAGCAGUCCCAAGGGAGGCAUUAGUCCAGAGGACCACCAAGACCGAAACCCGCCCAAAAAACUGCAGAGAACUGACGCCGACGAAAGCGACCCCGAGGUAAUCUCCAAUGGCAACUAUAUAAGCGACGACAAGAUAUCACCCACUCCGAUCAACGAUUACAACUCACCCGAGCCACAACGGCCCUCUACAUUAGCCAAGACACUUCCCAGCAUCGAGGACAAUCACCAUCCAGGGUACACCGAGGGCAAUGUUCCACCCCUAGAACGCAUUGGCGACACCAUUGUCAACACCAUCGAAGGCGACCCGAAUGUAAUCAGUUCCGAAUAUCUCGAGCCUACUACAGAUGGGCAUUAUACCUCUUCUACACAUGCAACACAGAGGUUCCGGGAAUUGACCGUAGAGGACGACGAAAACGAAUCUACCUUGCCCCAUGCGGCUUCGUCCCCCUCGCCCUCGCCAAUUCAGCCUCAGGAUCCCUCUCCCUCUCCAUCUCUGCUUCUCGCAGAGUUACCCUACCUUUCACCAACACCAGCUUCGUCGGCCACCGCUUCCUCCACACCUCCUGCCUCCAGCAGGGUCAACUCUCGCCCCGCCUCCAUCAGGUUCCUCAUCUUACGAAGAUGA